AUUUACGCAACAUAAACAAAAGUAAUGAUGCUAAAAAAAACAGAUUUGUAUCCCAACAUGUCCUUUUAGCACAUACACUCACCACAAAGACUUCUGUGCCAACUCUUGGGAGAAGGAAAAAGUCAUUUACCAAUUCAACUCCAGCAUGUUCCUAACAUUUUGUGGCAGUUCUUAUUAGUCAACAUUUAUGUUCACAAUUACUAUCUAUGCAGUAUAUAGUCACAGAUUCAUUCAAUCACUUACACCAACUCACACGCAACACAAUACAAUUAUAAACAAGGAAAAAUCAAAGAACAUCAAGAGCAAAAAACAUGAUCCAUCAAAAACAAAUGCUGCACCACUUCAAAUUCUCUACCACUGUCUAUGUUUUCUUUUGCUUCACACUAAUUAUAACCAUAAUAACAACUCAAGCAGCUACAGACCUAUCCUUCAUCCAGAGUUACUGUCCAAACACAAACACUUUUUCUUCAAACACAACCUACCAAACAAACCUCAACAAACUUCUUUCUAUUCUUUCAUCCAACUCCACAAACAAAAAUGGUUUCUACUACACCACAGUUGGCGCCAACAACCCCGUAAACACCGUGUACGGUGCCUUUCUCUGCCGUGGAGAUCGCACACAAAAAGAAUGCAAAGACUGUGUUUCUGCAGCAUCCAAUCAAAUCCCUCAAAAAUGUCCUAAAGCAAAAGAAUCAGUUAUUUGGUUAGCUGAAUGCAUGAUACGUUACUCAAACGUUUCAUUCUUCAACGUAGCUGCAGAAGUUCCAGUGCUUGCGCUCAUGAACACUGGAACUGUGAUGGAGCAGAACCGGUUCAUGCAACUUUUAGCGGAUACAAUGAACGCUGCCGCGGUAGAGGCGGUGAAUGGUGGAGGUGACAAGAAGUUUGGAACAAAAGUGGCAAAUUUUUCUAGUUUUCAAACAUUGUAUACACUUGCACAGUGUACACCGGAUUUGUCAAAUUCAGGAUGCGAAAAGUGCCUCAAAAUAGCAACUAAUUAUAUACCAUCUUGCUGUAGUGGAAAACAAGGAGCAAGAGUUCUUAUUCCUAGUUGUAAUAUUAGGUAUGAGUUGUAUCCAUUUUAUCAUGAGUUGAAUGUGCCUGCUCCAGAUGAACCGAGGCCAAAUCCACAAGGAAAAAAAUCACGGAACUCAGUAGUGUUAAUUGUUGCUAUAGUAGCUCCUAUUGUGAUCAUUUUGUUGCUUACAUUGUUUGUCUGCUGGAUCAUAUCUAAAAUGAAAAGAAUAAAGUUCAACUCAGUGCCUCAAGAAAGUGUUGAAAUCUCCAGGGUAGAAUUCUUGCAAUUUGAUUUCGAUACCAUCGCAACGGCCACAAACAACUUCAGUGGUGACAAUAAAUUAGGGGAAGGAGGAUUUGGCGAGGUUUACAAGGGUAUGCUGUUUAAUGGACAAGAGAUUGCUGUGAAGAGGCUAUCAAGAAGUUCUGGUCAAGGCAUAGAAGAAUUCAAGAAUGAGGUCGUUUUGGUAGCCAAACUACAACACAGAAAUCUUGUUAGGAUUCUUGGGUUUUGCUUGGAUGGUGAAGAAAAGAUGCUCAUUUAUGAAUUCAUGCCCAACAAAAGUCUAGACUAUUUUCUAUUUGAUCCUGAAAAAGCACAUCAGAUAAAUUGGCCAAGACGAUACAAGAUAAUAGAAGGAAUUGCCCGUGGAAUGCUUUAUCUUCACGAAGAUUCUCGACUUAGAAUCAUACAUCGCGAUCUUAAAGCUAGUAAUAUAUUAUUAGAUGAGAAUUUAAAUCCCAAAAUUUCAGAUUUUGGGAUGGCAAGAAUAUUUGGUGUUGAUCAAACUCGAGGAAUCACAAACAGAGUUGUUGGAACAUUGGGUUACAUGUCUCCAGAGUAUGCAAUGCACGGAGAAUUUUCUAUCAAAACAGAUGUGUAUAGCUUUGGUGUCCUCGUUCUCGAGAUAAUUACCGGAAAGAAGAUCACAUCCUUUCGCGAAUCAGGCUACGCCGAGGACCUUUUGAGCUAUGCUUGGAAAAAAUGGAAUGAUGGGACACCAUUAGAGUUACUGGACAUGACAUUGAGAGAUUCAUACACAAGUGUUGAAGUAACAAGAUGCAUCCAUGUUGGGUUAUGUUGUGUUCAAGAAGAUCCAGAUCAAAGACCAUCGAUGCAGACAGUAGUUUUACUGCUAAGUAGCCAUUCUGUUACUCUUGAACCACCUCAACGACCAGCGGGUUAUAUUAGUAGCAAAACUGAUCAAAGCUUUGCAACAAAAGAUUUUGAUAGCUCAGACAAGUCUACAUCUAAAAGCCAAUCGGUUGCAGUUUCUGUUGAUGAUGCAUCCAUCACUCAGGUGUACCCUCGAUAGUGCUUCUACUCACUAGGUGUACCAUCUAUGCAGUAGCUUUGGCUGCCCCAUUCUUUUUACUCUUAUUUGAAUAAUUUGGCAUAUCUUGUAAUUAGCUACCCAAUAAAAUAUAUUUAGCUACCACAAAUGUGCUUAUUUGUCAAAAAUUAGUAGAAGUGAGAAAGUCAAAAGAUAUUAAUUUGUUUGAUAGAUGUAUUA